GCAGGUUUUCUUCACCGGUGGAGCGUGAGAGAUAGAGACUGAAGAAGAUGAGUGAGCUGGAACAGUUACGGCAGGAGGCAGAGCAACUGCGAAAUCAAAUCAGAGAUGCAAGGAAAGCAUGUAGUGACACAACUCUUGCUCAGAUCACAACAAGUCUGGACUCAGUGGGUCGAAUUCAAAUGCGAACAAGGCGUACGCUUAGAGGUCACUUAGCCAAAAUCUAUGCUAUGCACUGGGGAUCUGACUCGAGGUUACUAGUAAGUGCUUCUCAAGAUGGAAAAUUAAUUAUUUGGGAUAGUUAUACAACAAAUAAGAUGCACGCCAUUCCUUUAAGAUCCUCCUGGGUGAUGACUUGCGCAUACGCACCGUCUGGAAACUACGUUGCCUGUGGUGGAUUGGACAACAUCUGUUCCAUAUACAACUUAAAAACCAGAGAGGGCAAUGUGAGAGUGAGCCGAGAGUUGCCAGGGCAUACAGGAUACUUGUCCUGUUGUCGCUUUCUAGAUGACAACCAAAUUGUCACUAGCUCAGGAGACACCACUUGCGCUUUGUGGGAUAUUGAAACUGGUCAACAGACCACUACAUUCACUGGGCAUACUGGCGAUGUGAUGAGUCUCUCUCUAAGUCCAGAUAUGAGGACUUUUGUUUCGGGUGCCUGUGAUGCCUCCUCGAAGCUUUGGGAUAUUCGAGAUGGAAUGUGCAGGCAGUCGUUCACAGGGCACGUGUCAGAUAUUAAUGCAGUUUGUUUUUUCCCUAAUGGACAUGCAUUUGCUACUGGAUCUGAUGAUGCCACUUGCCGACUCUUUGACCUACGUGCAGAUCAGGAAUUAAUGAUGUAUUCGCACGACAAUAUCAUCUGCGGGAUCACUUCUGUAGCCUUCUCAAAAAGCGGUCGCCUCUUGCUAGCAGGUUAUGAUGACUUCAACUGCAACGUGUGGGAUACUCUGAAAGGGGAGAGAGCAGGUGUCCUUGCUGGCCAUGACAACCGUGUCAGCUGUUUAGGUGUUACUGAUGACGGCAUGGCUGUAGCUACAGGGUCUUGGGACAGUUUUCUCAGAAUCUGGAAUUAACUGGGAGCCAAACAUGUACAUUCUCCACUUGAGAUCUGGAGAGAUCAAUGCUGCAGCCUAUAGCUGUGAAAUAACAUUUCUACCUUGUAUUUGCAGGUGAAGUUUUUCUAUUCACUGAUUAUUACACAAAAAGGCUUUCUGUAAACUAGAAAAAAAAUCAAGUGAAGAAAUAGGGGAGGGGGGAAGAAAUCACUGACUUUUUAAAAGGGGCCAGCACACAUAAUCAUGGUGACCGACAAACUA